CACAAUGUCGCUGGUAAACUUAUCUUUUGUUGCCGGAGCUUUAAUUUUAACUUACAUAUCACCGGCGAUAGCAUCUACAAACUGCACGCCUACUACAAGAAAUAAUGCAUCGAGGUUUCUGAAUACGUUUAAAGAAGGCUAUAUCAAGUAUAUCACCGUGGACAUAGGGAAGUUAUGCAUUGCAUUCACGCAAACGCAAUUUGACGCCACAACCAAGGAGGCCAUCUACAGCGUUUCGUCAAAAUCAAGCAGUGGUACAGACAACCCCACUGAGAACCAAGUUUUUAAAGUGCAAGAGUGUCCAAGUGAUAUCGAUAUUUCUCUUCAAAGCAGUGGUCAACCUCUUUAUAACAUAACGAUCCUAUACAGCGACUAUAGCUCUUGCCAUGUUGUGCAGCAUCGUGACGAAACCAACGCUUGCUCAAUGUUCGUGAAGAAAAAUGCACGCCAAUUCAACAUUGCAGCAUGUCUCCCUCUCUAUACCAGAUAUUGCGGGAGAUCAUAUCUCGAAAUCUACGGCGCUCAAUGUGGAUCUGCUUGA